GUGCUAUAUUUCCGCGUAUGUCAACUGUUAUUCAUUUCGUCGUGGUUUUGCUCCUCAGUGAAUGCUGGGGAAGGUCAUACUUCAAAUAUCCAGUUUAUCAGUACAAACGUAAAGCGACAAACGAGCAGUUAUAUCAGAGAGCUACAGAAAAUUGCACUGGCGUAUGUUCUUCUGAUGACAAUAGAAUAUCCCUACUUGAACACACUAAAUGCAUACGCCGUUGCUUAAGUCAAAGUUGUUACGAUCAGUUAUAUGGUUUUGAUGAGCUAGAAGAAGGGGAAAUAGACGUAAGACAAACCUCUUUCAAAGGUUGUGUGCUACAGCGACUUAAGGAGAAAGGUUAUCGCGUAAUUUAAAACCAUGCAAACAAAUUCAACGUCACAUCAUCAUACCCCAACAAACCCAGCAAGUACCAAUUCAGAGGAAGUACUAGAUGAAUUAGUUCCGGCGUUGGUUCAAUGUUUCGGUGUUAUUUUUCUGGGAUAUCUUGCUGGCCGUUGGAGAAUCCUUCCUGAAUCCCAAGCUAAAGGACUUGGUUCAUAUGUCACUAAAUUUGCUUUGCCUUCAGUAUUUUUCCGAGCUAUGGUGACAAUGAAUUUUGCUGGAGUUUGUUGGCUGUUCGUUUUAGCUGUAUCUAUUAGCAAAUUGAUUGCCUUUUUAAUGGCAAUGAUAUUCACCUUUUUGAUUAGUCGACGUUGUCAUCUAGGCAUAGCUGCUAUUGUUGCAAUGUUUGUAUCACAGUCAAAUGAUGUGGCACUGGCUUAUCCUAUACUCAAUGCUCUUUUCCCAGAUUUGGCUAGUUAUGUAUACCUGUUCGCCCCUGUCCAGUUAGUUGUCCUCAAUCCCUUCGCCUAUUUCCUUUUGGAAUUGGAACGAGUUAAGUCGACUGAUGAAGAGUGCACCCCUUUAGUGGCGAGAGAUAGAAAAGAGAAGAAGCUCAUCAGUCCGACAAGUCCUAGUUUAACACCUUCACGAAGCAGUAGAUUUCGUCAAUUUGCAAAGGUUCUCUUCAAUGUGCUCAAAAACCCGUUAUUCUUUAUGACUGUAAUUGGUGUCAUAUUUAAUUUCAUUCUCAAACAUCAUUUGCCUGUUUAUCUGGAUGCUUUGCUCAAAGUUAUCGCUGAUUCCUUUUGUGCCACGGCUUUAUUCUCACUUGGUUAUGGUAUGGUCGGAAAAAUGGCUACUAUUACACAAAGAGAAGGAUACAUUUUAACAACGAUUCUAUUGACAAAACUUUUAGUUGUCCCCUUUAUUACACGUGAACUUGUUGUCCAACUGAUGCCUGCAUCGUUAACCAAUGAUACUCUACGUUAUUCUACAUUUGGUUUCUUAUAUGGCACUACGCCAACAGCUCCACCCGUUUACUUAUUUGCAGCUGAAUAUCAAGUUAUUCCUGUGGCAAUCGGUAUUGGUCUUGUUUUGGGAACAUUUCUCUGUGCACCAAUCAUGUUCAUUUUUGCACGAAUUAUCACACUGUAUGCUGCAACACCAUCAGAUUAUGUAAAUAUCCUUGGCAAGACUGUGGAAGAUGUCUCUUGGAUAAGUAUUGUUUGUUGUCUGUGGACAUUGGGAAUAAUUUAUUUGGGUAGAAAGAUAAGUCGUGUGCCUAUUCGAUUCACAUUGGGCUAUUUAAUAUGCGUCCUUCUAUCCUGUACUGGUUUAUUACUUGGACGUUUAGUAAACAGUCAUUAUGAUGAUGCUGGAAAGAUUAUUGACGUUAAUCAAUCAGUACAUUGGUCAAAUUACAUACAAUUUGUAAUACUUUAUUAUGGUUGUACGGGUACACGUUGUUGGACAACACUCAUUGCUGUGGUCCUUCUAAUGGAGAGAGCACGUAGUCUAUGCUUUGUGUUGCGACAUCAAAUGUACAUUUAUGCAGUUGGUGUUACAUUACCUGCUGUUAUCACUGUUAUACUGCUGUUAACUUCUCCGGGUCAAAUGAUGACAGAUAUAGAUCCAGUCUUUCAGUUUGGUACAAAUCAACUUAUUAUUUCACUAGUGGUAUUGAUACUCAAUGCAGCCAUCACUUUGGCAUGUCUGAUUGCCUUUAAACGAAUGGAAGCACCUGUUUACGAUUCCUAUGAGAUUACAGAUACAUCACAAACAGGAUAUCAAACAUCCAAUGGACAAUUUCACCAAUUUCAUAAUGAAUCGAAUUCACCUGAUGAUGAAGUUACUAGUCAAAGGCGGAUAGGACAAGUUUGUCAAUGUAACAUGUCAACAGCUGGCAACAGUAAUCCGACGCCUCCUACUGCUGGUGCUGUUGACAGUUGUGUUUGUGCUGAUACACUCAACUAUUCUGCAUUAUUCAAAUGUGAAGAAAGUUGUUCAAGUGGAAAACGUCAAUCCGACCAACAACAAAGCGAACAUGAACAAAAACAAUUUCGACAACAACAACAACAACAAAUAAUCAGGCGACAACCAUCUUGUAGUUAUGCUGGAUUCUGUGAUCGCUGUGAUAAAAGACAAAGGAAAGAGUGUGCAAAAAUUCUUGCCCGUUAUUGUGCAACCAAUCAACUGCAAUCCACUUCAUCGUCAUCAUCUCUAGUCUCAAGAAGUCAACAAAUGCCUACAGGACCAUCUGAAUUGGAAGAUAUUCUUCUUCAAGAGAAUAAUGCUAAACCGUUUCAUCAUAAACAUGCUAUAUUCUUGAUAUUAACUCUGGUUACAAUGUUCUUUGGUAUUUGUUUAUGCACUUGGCGUCUGGUACACGAUGCUCCAACUGGCAUAUACAUAGUUCUAGAAUUCUUGGAUGGUUCAUUAAACUUUGGUCAAGGAGUAAUAUUAUUUGUGCUGUUCGGUUUAGAUACAGACUUGUUACUUCUACCAAUGAAACGUUUCUUUACACGUUGGUACCGUGAAUUUUCUGGAAGAUUCUUCAUUGGAAGAUUCUUGAAAUCUCCAUCUCAAGAUAAUAUUAAUAAUAAUGAAAUUAAUCGUAUAGUUAAUCAAUUUGUUAAAUUCCAUUUGGAAUCAUGUUCAAAGAGUAUAUGCCAUGGGAAAGUCGUUAAAACAACUCACUAUGACAAAGUAUUUUAUCCUUCCGCUCUUGAAGAUUGGUUAAUUGCUGCAGGGUUAGCGCAUUCCCAUGAAGAUGCCUCACAUUACAUGAAAUGUCUUGAAUUGGGCAAUAUUAUAAGUAGUGUAUGCCCUAGACCUACAAUGACAACAACAACAACAAUGACUGAAUCCCCGUCGUCAGCAGCAGGAGCAGCAGCAGCAUCUUCAUCCUCAAUAGAGACAAUCUGUGACUGUUGCCAGCAACCUCUGUUAACAUUUACUAAUUAUGCAUGGAAUUUACAAAUUACAAGAUUUUAGAGAACAUACGCACAUACACAGGAGAAAGAGUGCGUGUGUGCGUGUGUGUGUGAGUUUGUCGUUUGUCAAUCACCAGGGAGAGAGGGAGAGUACAAACAUGCACACGGAAGCACACACUCCAUCCCUCCGCUACUGCUCCUCAUCUUCCACCAUUGUGUAGUACUCUUGUGUCGUGCGGUUUUUUGUAUUUUGUUUUCGUCUUCUGCCUCCUUUCUUGAGGAAGUGUCAUCACAUUUGUGAUAAAAAGCCAUUAUGAACAAAAAAGGAAAAACCGCUUCUUCCCCUUCCCCCUUCAAAUGAUGACAUCCGAAGCAAAGAAAUUAGACUUACAAUAUCAACGAGAAAAUUUCCCUUCUUAUUUUUUGUAUUUGUCCGUUGUUUUUUUUCUUUUUUUCUGCCUUUCGUGUUUAUUUAUGUAUUGAUUUUUGUUUGCUGUUUUGUGUUGUUUCGUCGUUUGUGCUCAAUUUUGUUAGCGUUCCUAUCAUUAUUUUGUUAUGAUUGCGUUUCUAGUCUAUAAACCGGUUCAUAUUAUUAUUAUUAUUUAUUUUCUUGUUAGUGUUGUGGUUGUUUUGGCUUGUUCUGUGUGCAUUCAUGUCUGCGCCAUAAUUUUGUUCCAUUUAUGUCUAUCCAUCUAUUGAUCUCCUAAUGAGUAGUAUACAUUUGCUUGCUUACAUUUUCGGUAAAAUACAGUUAUGUGUGUACGCAUCUGUUUAACUUAACUACCACUGAAAAAUAU